AUGGACCUCGCUACCUGGGACGACAUCCACGCCGUCCGCGCCAUCACAGACGACGAGGUCGACCCAAACACGAUAGACCCGCGCCCGACGCCGCCCGAGGUUGUCUCGAUUGACGAGCGGGUCGCCGAGCUCGAGGCGGAGCUCGCCAGCCUGCGCAUCCGGCGGAAGGAGAUCCUCGCGAGCCAGGCGCUCAUCGACCGCGUCCCGCCCGAGGUCCUCGCGCGCGUCUUCGAGCUCGGCGUGCACCACCACCACCACCUCCUGUACACGCUCUCGCUCGUCUCGCGCAAGUGGCGCCGCCUCGCGCUCGACACGCCCGCGCUGUGGUCGUACGUCAAGCUCGACUACCACUGGGGCUACUCGCGCUCCGCGCAGUUCCAGGCGAAGAUGCGCCUGUACCUCCAGCGCUCCGCGGCCGCGAAGCUCCUCGUCGACCUCGACUGCCGCUACCUCGACGUCGCGCCCGAGCUGCGCGCAAUCAUGGCCGAGCUCGCUCCGCACCUGGCGCGGUGCUUCUCGUUCCGCGUGAGCGUGCCCGACUGGGAGUGGAUGGGCGUCGUGCGCGCGCACUGCGGCGAGCUCGGGCCUGCGCUCGAGGACCUGUACCUGCGCGUCGACCCCGCGGACACGGAGGACCAGACGCCGUGCACGUUGUUGCGCGGAGCGUGCCCGCGCCUGCGUACGAUUGUGCUCGAGCACACGCCGCUCGCGGCGAUCCGCGCGGACCUGCCGGCCCUGCGGAAACUGCACCUCAUCCGCGACCAGCGCUACGUCUCCUCGUCGUCCUCGUCGCGCAUCGGGAUCUCGUUCUCCGAGCUCAUGUCCCUCCUCGCGGGCACGCCGACGCUGCAGACGCUCCUCGUCCAGUCCGCGACGUUCCUCCUCAGCGGGGCCGAGCCGAUCUUCGACGCCGCGCCCGCGCUCACGCCCAUCCCCGCGCUGACCACGCUCUCCUUCCACUUCCUCGAAUCGACCAACCUCGCGCUCUUCCUCUCCUCGACGUCGCUCCCCGCGCUGCACACACUCCAAGUCCAAAUGGACGGCGCCGCGGACGAGACGAUGACCUGGCUGCCGCUCGUGACCGCGCGGCUGCCGUCGCUGCGGCACCUCGACCUGCGCGCGUGCACGCUCGACGGCGUGCACCUCGCGCCGCUCGUGCGCGCGCUGCACGCGCUGCCGCAGGUGACCGCGCUCGGGCUGAGCUCGCCGCCGUCGGGCGUGCUCGGCACGAAGCUGUUCGACCUGCUCGCGGCGGGCCCGCCGUGGCUCCUCCCGCGGCUCGAGGCGCUCGCGCUGCAGGCGUGCCGCGACCUCAGCGGGCACGAGCUGCUGCGCGUCGCGGGCGCGCGGGCGGCGGCGGGGCGGGAGUUGAGGUAUCUGAAGCUCGCGCAGUGCUAUGCGGUGGAUCCGGAGGUGAUGGACCAGGUGAAGCGCGUCGUGCCUGUUGUGUAUAUGUGCUAG